UUAAGAACUGUGAUGAACGUUACAAGUGCGGUCAAACCAUCAGUGGCGUUUAUGCAAUCGACCCUGAUGGUUCAGGUGUCUUUAAUGUCUAUUGUGAUCAGACAACAGACGGUGGAGGAUGGACAGUGAUCCAGAAGAGGGUGGAUGACACCGUAGAUUUCAACCGGACUUGGAAAGACUAUAAAAAUGGAUUUGGUGAUUUUCUCAUUCGUGACUUUUGGCUCGGACUAGACAAGAUCCAUCGCCUGACGCAAAACAAAACAGAAAACAAACUCCGCGUGGAUCUAGGAGUAACUGCCAACAAAAUUGUCUACGCACAGUAUGAAUGGUUUGGUAUUGAGAAUGAGACAAAUCGUUACAAGCUGCACAUUGGCAGUUUUUCGGCAUGUACGGUCAAUUUACUCUUUCCUAAUCAAUGCACUUUUUCAUAA